UAGGCCGUAAUUUCUCGAUAUGAAAUCAUAGAGCGCGGCUCAGUAGUGUCAUUUUUUGUCCGAUGGAGAGUUUCCCGCCAGAAGAAAUUCCUCGGCGAAAUUCCACUCCGUUCGUUGUAAUUGCAAGAUAUGAUCUCGGUCGGCGAGUUUGAUUUUGAUUUGAGAAACUGAGAGAGAAGAAGAAGCUGAGGCAAUGGCAGAAAUGAAUCGAUGGAAGGUGACCUAUACUAAGCACCUCAAGCAGAGGCGCAAAGUUUAUCACGAUGGCUUCUUAGACGUCCACCGUUCCAGCAAUAAGACCAUGCUCUAUGAUGAGUGCGAGAAGCUCCUCGAAUGCAGGAUCUUAAAGCAAGAAGAAGUAGUUUGCUCUGGCGAAACGCUUAUAUUCAACAGUUACCUUGUUGACAUUGACACUCCUCUGGGAGAUCAUAAGCCGGAGUCUGGUCUGAAUUUCCAAGCAGGUCAUGAUAAGAUACCUGAAAAAUCGGGUGUGUUGCGAGGGAAGAACUUCAGAAAUAACUCUGUUUGCUUUGAAAAUAAAGCUAGUGCUGAGAAGAAUAAAACUCGGCCCACUCUCAGCCCUUCAUGUAAAAUAAUCAGAGAAUUUAAGAAGAGCAGAUUGAAGUGCUAUGGAUCGCCACAAACUAGUCCAGACACUAGACAAACAGAGGAGACAGAGUGGCAGGUCCUUUACACCUCAAAUAUUACUCAGAAAGCUAAGAAGUAUCAUGAUGGUUUCUUGAAACUUCUUAUUUGUGGAUCCAUCGGGAGGCAGGUCAUGCUCUUUGAUGAAAACAGGAAACUAUUGGAUAGCAGAUUUAUGAAGAAAGAUGAAACAGUAAAAUCUGGAGAAUCAAUAGCCUUUGAUGCUCAUUUAGUAGAUAUUGGAGAAUGUGAAAGGGAACAUAAGCCUCCAAAAAUUCCUUUAAGUCAAGGUAGCAGUUUCGGAGACAGGGGAACCAGGGUACUGCAUGAACCGAAAAAAUGUUUCAGUGAAAAUGAAAUAUCAACUGGAAAAGAAUGGCAUGUUUUAUACACAAGUCAGAUAACUCAGAAGUCCAAGAAAUAUCACAAUGGGAUCAUCAAAAUUUCCUCCUCUGGUUCUCACCAUAUGCAGGUUACUUUACUGAAUGAAGACAGAAUUAUAUUAAGCAGUAAACACAUCAGUUUAUCAAAAAAGUUGGGGAUGGGGGAGAUACUUGAGCUUCCAAAGUACUUGGUGGAGAUUGGUGAGGCAUGUGAAAAUGUUAAAGUAGAGCUCGCUAACAGAGAUUUUGACAUAAGAAAAGACACCAGCUUUUGCAUUUCUGGUGAAGAUGAAAAGGGAUCGGACAGAGAGCCUAUGAAAAAGUCUUUACGGGAUGCACAUGAAAUAUUGUCCAUUCUUCAAAGGCCAAAGGCUAGAGUGAGCCUUUCUUCUGGUCAUACUGAUAAAAAUAUUAGCGUAUCAGUUUCGUCAUCUCAGGUUCCUGAACCUUCCCUUGCGGCGGAGGCAUUGGAUCUUCCUAUGGACGAACGAUCUCAUCAAAAACCAAGCGAAAACCUGGACCCGAGGGAGUCAUCUAAGAAUGCAGAAAACAACCAAUCCAUUGCUCUAACUCCAUCAACAUUGACAGAAGAACUCGAAAUUGGACACUCCAACCAGACAGAGCAUGUGGAGGCCGAAAAUAGUUCUCUCAGAGAUACAAUUUCUUGGACGCAAGGUACAAGUCAAUUUGCUGCUUGUGAACUUGUUAAUGAUGAAAGCAAAAUGUGCGAGGAGAUCACAUAUGAAAGAGAAACAGUGCACCGCACCCUCUGUCUAUCAAGUUUCAAUUGGUUUGAGCAUGCAAAUGCAUUACUAGGCCUGUAGUUGAUGAGUCCAGAAGUUGUCUCCUUAGGAGUUGCAGAGUUCUUUGUCUUCUGCUCGAGUAUCAUUUUCCAACAUGCGCCUAUAUUUUCACUAUCCAAAGAUUGAUCUCUCAAGUUUGUUUAUGAACCCAUUUGGAUUAGGCUGAAAACAAGAGUUCAAACAUAUUAUUGCGCUAGAUACUUACUUCCUAUAUUUUAUACAUUAGACUUUACAUAGUUGCUUUUUU